GUCUUCUUGAAGAUGAGCUGAAGGAUCCCGUGACCUGAUUCUGCGCGGGCCAAGUUUCAGAUCGGAUCAAGGGCUUGACCUGGGAGCCUCCUUCCGAAAUGGAAUUGGUCCCCACAGUCAUCCACUGAUGUUUGAUGGGGCUUGUCGGUGUUCGUGUGAAAGGGCCACCUUGGGGUGCUUGGAUGGGUGGAUGAGACUCACGAACUGGGAGCUCCAAUUCAGGCAACACAGCAUCUACUUCGGCACGUCAGGCGUUCACUCCCAGGCGUGGCGGCCCGGCACCCCGCCUCGCUCCGUGGCCUCGCCCAUGGAGCACCUGGAGCCGGUGCUGCAGGAGCGGCCGAUCGAAGGAAGCCCAAUUGGGUACGUGGAGACUACGACUGAUCUGGAAGCCUGUAUGGGGUGUCCCGAAGGAUUCCAGGAAAUCGAGCGGCUUGACGCCCUGCAACAGCUGGAGGACUCUUUGGAAGAGGAGAAGGAUGGUGUGGAGAGGGCCAGGGAACUGGCGGACAGGAUGAGCUCCAUGGAGCCAUUGUAUCCGGAGAUUCUCCGUGCCAGCACCGCGGCACGCGCCCUUCGCUUCGGCGCCUGGCCUUUGCGAAGGCCACCACAGCUAACGCCACGGGAGGCCACCAAGCUGUAUGGGCAGAGCUCGCUUGCAACGUCGAAGGACUUUUGGAGUCACAGUUGGCAUGGCCAUGUGCGGUGGAAGGUGGCUUUGUUGUUGAUGCUUUACAACGGGCCCGCGGCGACGGUCCUCGGCGCUGGCGGGGCCUUGGUGAUGUUUGUCCUUCACAGUUGGGCGCUCCUGCCUGGCUGGGAGCAAGCGCCCAAACGGGUCGGCAUGGACGUCCAGGUGACCUUGGUUUUUGCUCCAUGGUCUUUGCUGGUGGGUUUCAUUGUUUUCAUCUUGGUCCUCUUCAUGUGGCAGUCGCAGCGCACCAUCUUCCUGGAUCGCAUGUGUAUCCACCAAACGGAAGCCAAAACCAAGGCGGCGGGCCUCGUGAGCAUGGGAGCAUUUUUGAAGAACUCCGAAAAGUUUCUUCUACUUUGGGAUGACACCUACGUGUCUCGCUUGUGGUGCAUGCUAGAGUUUGCGGCAUUUCUGAAGAGUCAUGGGCCUGCCGCAGAAGAGAGCAUUGUCAUUAGGCCAAUGAUCACUGCUCCUUGUAUGCUGGGAUUUGUCCUUGGCACGGUCCUUACUCUCGCAAUUUGGGUUUCAGUGCCGCGGUUGACCAUUCCGAUCCUUCUCCUGAUCUUUGCGACACGCCUCGUGGGCUUCUAUCUCGCCGCCGGGGCGCUGCGCGAGCACUACCGCAAUGCAGAGAUUUUACUCGACCAGCUGUCCAGUUUCUCCAUUCAAGGAACCUCUUGUCAUUGUUGCAGCACUGGACACUGUGCCGAGAGCAAGCAGCGCUGUGAUCGGGUGAUCAUCUCCAAAUGUAUCGAGAGCUGGUUUGGCUCUGUCAAGGACUUUGAAGACAUCGUGAAAUCCUCUAUCAGGUCCAUGCUUUACCGACAAUUGGGCGGCAAGCUUUUCCCCUAUCGAUGGAUUUUAGCGAGCUCCUCGCCGAUCUUGUGGGGCUUCAUGGACAUGUCCUCUCCACGGCUCCGCGCAAAGGAGUGGCUGGAGUUUUGGCACAUCGUGAUCCUUGGAUUCGGCUGGUGGUUGUGCUUCUUCCCGGCAGUGGUCUUCUCGACCCUUUGGCUGGCUCGCUUCAUGCGUGCACGAGCCAGCCGGGCUUGGGUGGAUCAUCUUGCCACCUUGAUGGUCUCUUUCUGUAUCACGUCCGCCACGCUUCUGGGGAACUAUUACCACAUGGGUGCUUGGCCAAGAAUAAGGAAGUCCAGGUGAUGGGAAUCAGAUAAGCAGAUAAUCUGGAUCUUAGGAUGUGGAGACUCCAAACAUGAAAGCACAUAAUGGCGAACAUGAAUCUCCAAUGGCAACAAUCCAAAAGACGUUUGCUGCUUACAUCUAUUUUCUGUUCUGCGGCGUUCAGCAAAAUCAUGUCACCCAUUGUGUUGACGAGUGAAAACCGGUCGGAUUCACACCUCGUAAACCCUGGAAGUCCAAGACAAAUCAAAGAUUUGUUGCUGACCGGGUAGAAGGAGUUUCCGUUACUCCGGUGGUGCUAAAAGUAGUCUUCGAACUUCUGGGACCACCAGCAGGCUCCAAAAUCUUAGAAUCUAGGAAAAUCGAUUUAUUUUGGAGCACACUGGUCAUUUCAGAGUUGGUUCGACGGAAGCUAACACGAAACGCCUCAGGAUCAGGGCCCCUCCAGAGCUCAAAACGUGCAAUAACCAUCAAUGCCCAACCACCCACUUGCAAGGAAAAGCCAGCUACAAAUGCCUCCAGGCCACAGACCUGUAGAUAUAUUUGCUAGACCUACUUUUCUGGAUCUCAGAUCAAUGCACCGCACUCUGUUCAACCAAGCCCUUGGCUCGUGUUCAAGCAAGAAUCGGCCGUUUUCAGGAUUUGGGGUCUGAGGAAUUGAUGCGUGGUAUUGCUGGUGACAGGGCGUUCAAAGCCCUUAGCAGUAAGGCUUGCGGCAGUGGCUGCCAUUGCCGCUGGGGGCCUUGGUGUUUAGCAGCACGGGCUUGCUGGGCCUUGCGCCAUGGAUUUGGAUGGCUUGGUAUGGCCACCAAAGAGACCGCUAGACCUUCUCAGAACGGCCGAGAUCUGGACCAGUCCGACCUGAUGCCAAGAUAUGAAAGUCUUGUGAGAUCCGACGAAGACGUUCCAGGGAAGUGGAACUAUGUUGUCAAUUUAGAGGAUCCUUUUCCACUUAAUCCAACAUAAGUGGAACUAUGUCGUUAAGUGGAACUAUGUCGUCUUCCAACAGAUCCUUUUCCACUUAAUCCACGUUUUCUCUUCGUUCUCGUGACGAAAUUGGAGG